GCUAGUGGAGGAGGCGGUAUUAAAGCGCAGAGAGCUGAGGCUGGUUUGUUGUCGGGAGUGAAAAGUUCAUCUAUUAGUAUCUCCUCCUUGGCGUUUUGCGUUUACUUGGAAUUUGAUAGAUUUGGCGAACAAGUUUGGAGAAAUGUAGGGACUUCUCGGCUGCCAGUGUCGUUGGUUUACGAUGGAGGAACCUGGAGAAACGAGAGAGUUUGAGAUGUCCCUGUCAGACGGUGGGUCGGACGACGACAUCCCCUUAACGCUGCCCGCAGAUGGCAGCCACAGUGGAAGCAUCCGAAAGGGUUGUGAUCCUUUUGCCCAGACGCAGCGCAGUAAACUGCAGCAUCGACGAGCUCGGAUCAAUCAGCAGAUCAACAAGGAGAUGCGCAUGAGAGCUGGAGCGGAGAACCUGUUUAGGGCGACAACCAACAACAAGGUAAGGGAAACGGUGGCUCUGGAGCUCAGCUUCGUCAACUCCAAUCUGCAGCUGCUCAAAGAAGAGCUGGAGGAACUUAACAGCAACAUGGAGGCCUACCAGAUGGACAGUGAAGCUGUCAACGUUCCCAUGAUCCCACUCGGCUUAAAAGAAACCAAAGAGGUGGACUUCACUGUUUCUGUCCAGGACUUCAUCUGUGAGCACUACGGAGAGGACAGCUCUCUCUAUGACAAGGAGAUCAAAGAGCUUAUUGAGCUCAGACAGGCCAUGCGUACACCCAGCCGUAACCAGGCCGGCCUGGAGCUACUUAUGGAAUACUACAACCAGUUAUACUACCUGGACCAGCGCUUCUUCCCUGCUCACAGAAAUUUGGGUGUUCAGUUCCACUGGUAUGACUCUCUGACAGGCGUUCCGUCGUGUCAGCGUGCGUUGGCCUUUGAGAAGGGAAGUGUGUUAUUUAACAUCGGAGCUUUGUACACGCAGAUUGGAGCACGGCAGGACCGCUCUGCAGCAUGUGGCAUAGACCGAGCUAUAGACGCCUUUCAACGAGCUGCAGGUGCAUUUAAUUACCUGAAAGAGAAUUUCUCCAAUGCUCCGAGUCUGGACAUGAGUUGCCCGUCACUCUGCAUGCUGGUCCGACUAAUGGUUGCCCAGGUGCAGGAGUGUGUGUUUGAGCGUGUCACACUCACCACACAGGACACACACUUUACCUCCCAACUCUGCCUGGCACAAGAGGCCGCACGAGUGUCAGAUGUUUACUUGUUGGUGCAGCAGACCAUGACACAGCCUCUGAUGAAGGACUACGUGCCAUUUUCAUGGGCGUCCAUGGUUCAGGUCAAAUCUGAACAUUUCCGUGCUCUCUCACAUUACUAUGCCGCUGUUGCACUCUGUGACCAUGUGUUGUCUGCUGAGGGGCAAGACUGUGAUGAGGAAGCAGAGAAGGCCUACCUUCAAUUUUAUGUCAACGUUCCUGCAGGGCCACCACUCUGCCAGAUUCUACGAGAUCCUGAAAAAAGACGAAAGCUUGGUAAAGCCCAUCUGCGGCGUGCAGUAAUCAGACAUGAAGAGGCCAUGCGUGUCCACAGUCUGUGUAAGAUCCUAAGGAAGAUGGAUAUCCUGCAGGAUGUGCUAUCUCUCACACACAAACGCUCCUUGGAUAAAUACUCAGAGCUGGAUCGAGAGGAUGACUUUGAUGAAACUGCAGAGGCCCCAGAGAUUCAAUCUCAUACCCACUGGAAACCAGACAUCACGCCACCCAACUUCUCUACAGUCCAGGUUACUGACAUCUUCCAAAGACUGGGGCCUCUGUCGGUGUUUUGUGCGAGAGCUCGCUGGGGUCCAGUGCGUUUGAUCUGCCUCCAGAGAAGAGAAGGUGGCCUGGGUCUUACACUCAGAGGAGACUCCCCUGUCUUGGUGGCUGGAGUGGUACCUGGAGGCUGUGCAGAGGAGGCAGGACUAAGGGAAGGAGACUACAUUGUGGCCGUGGAUGGACAGGACUGUAAGUGGGCCAAGCAUGGUGAGGUGGUGCACAUGCUGAAGAGCUGCAGUGACAGAGGGGUGGAGAUCAGUGUGGUUACAUUACACUCAUACGAUACACAGCAGGUGGAGAGGAGGGCCAUAGUGCCAUCUCACGGCAGCGAUAAGGAAAAUACUCGGCAGCGUCUGCUGAGCGGGGCGAAGGGCCAGAGCUCCGCCUCCUUGUUGAACUGGAACAGGAAGAAAAAGCGAGAAGGCAGCGGUGUCACCAAGAGAAUAGGAAGCACUUUCAGUUUGUCGUUUGGAAGCAUCCGAGACACUGAGGCCAUGUACUGAGACAUGACUGCAGAGGAACCUCUCAGGGAAUCACAGCAGUGGAGCACAUGGUACAGUUAGAAAAGAAGAAACACAACCUCCGCUGUUCGAAGAGGAGGGUGAUAAUCCAGAGUUCUGACAAAAAAAAUACAUGUUUGCACAAUCCAAUGUAUCUGACAGCUGUGGGCAGUCAAAUAUGUGGAGGCACAUAUACCAAGUAGUAUACCUUGUGGCAGAUGUGAACUUUGCAAGGAUAAAAAGCAGCUUUUGCAUCGGAGUCUAAAAGGUGUGUUCAGACAGAAUGUGGGGCAACAUUUAUACAGUCUUGCCACAUCUAAAGUAAAGUAUACAACUGAAUAAUAAUUGAGGAAAAUUUUCCCACGGGGGUAUAAAGAAAGGUUUACACAAGUUCAGUACUCAGAAUAACAGCACAAAAAUGACAAAGGAGGGAGGCUGGAGGGAAAUAACAGAGUUGACAUCUUUUGAGUUCAGUUGAAUGCAAACACACUGCAACAUCAUUUCAAUCAUUACAAUUUCAUUUUCAGUAGACAACAGAAGGUUGUUGUCGUUGCUUUUAUUUUUCUGCUAUCUACUGUCUUUACAGUAGCAUUUCUGGUGAAGCCACCUUAAAAGGGGAACUCCCUGCUUCUUUCUGCUGAUGCUGUGUGGUGACAGGCCCCACUCACAACCUGUUGUACUUUCUGAUGUAGCUCUAUUGUUCGUUAGACCUUGCUGUAAAGCAGGGAGACAUGGACCAUCAAAAUAAUGUUGAAUAUUGCUGUGAAACUUAGCUUUUUCUGUGACCCCUAUUAAAAAGUCAUUUAAAAGAAACUUUAUUAAUUAACCCGGGGCUAACAGUAAGGCCACAGUUAAGAGUUCACAUGUGAAAAAAAAAAACCAGUGCAGCAUUGAAUGUUGAGCUCUGACAGAAUUUCAGGCAUUUUUGUAGUUUUUCUGUAAUCUAGAUUCAAACUUACAAUCUCAAUCCAGUAUUUUGGAGACAGUCCUGAUCGAAAAUUAAAUGUAUCUAAAGAAAUAGCAGUCACCCUUUAUUGAUUAAGAUCGACAUACACCAGGGCCCUACCAACCAAGCUCACCAACCUGGAUGUGAGUAAGUUCACAUAUAAGGCACAAUGCUGGCACCAGAUGAGCAGUCGAAACAUUUACAGAUCUAGAGCUGUAACCGUGGUGGUGUUAAAUGGUCAUGGGAGCAACUAAAGAACAAAUAUAACAUUUUAUUUAAACCGAUAAGUAGGCUUACUGCUUAGAAUUUUACAAGGCUUAUUGCUUUAUCACUCUCUUGUUUUGGAUUAUAUUGCUAUACAAAGGCCUAUAGAAAAAUAAAAUUGCUUUGAAUUUGCAUGUUGUCAACAGAAAAAAUAAAUCAAGAACAACUGGAGUCUCUCCACUGUCAUAUCUAUGCUCAUUAGAGAAAGAAGAGUUUAGAUGCUAGAAACUUGCCUUCCUAAAAGGCCCUCUCACUGUUCACGCACUGAUUGAUCAGUAGGUGUUGUUGUUUAUUCACGUUGAUCUGUCAUCUCAAACAUAACCUGCUCCAGAGCAGGUGAGAUGUGUAGCAUGAGUUACCAUGGCGAUAUAUCCUGGUAAGAAAUGAAGCACCACUGUAGCCCUGAAAGCAGGGUUAAACAUGAAGUUACCUCGAUAACCUUAAAUCCUGUUUCAUUCUGCAGACCUCUGGUAUCAUAUGCAUUUGAAAGAGCACAGCUAGUUUGGACAGGCCACCUUUGUAUUUUCUGAUGUUAGUGAUUUUAACAAGCAGAUUUUUAUUCUUUUUCACACCCUGUAUCAGCACAUCAUGACUAAAAUACCUCGGCUACUUCUGUCCUGACAUGAUGCUAUAUGACGCAGCUGCAGAGUUAUUAGUAGUGAUAGAAACAUUACUAAAAGCUUGUUAACUGCAUAGAAUUAUGUGAGACAUCAAUGUGAAUUGAGAGGAUGAAGCAGAGUGAACAAGGAAGUACUACAUUUCUUGUGUCUUACAUUAACCUGAAGUGGUCUCUAAGGUUACAAAAUACUGCAACAGUUGCCUGUUUUCAACAAUAUUUUAUUAUUAUAAAUAUUAUUCACAGCAGACAAAAACCAAACUCAGUGUUUGAUCAGUUUAGCCUCACAACUCACCCUGAACUUUACCUUAGGUAUGAUAUUGGGCCUCACCCUCAGUUUAAUAUUCAUUUUUUUUGUUUAGUUUCCUAAUUUGUAGAUGAUUACAAGCACUUGACAAGUUUGAUCUAAUGUUUUAUAAUGUAGUUUAUAAUGCACUGUCAGAAAUCCUUUGUUAAUAAUUUAGUUUUUGAUGUUGCGAUGAUGAACGUGACGGUGAGAGAUUGUGUAUGUUGGAAGUAAAAUGUGAUACUGAGCAAGUGUGCAAGUAAAGGGCUUCUCUGUUUUAUUACAGUAUCACUGUGAUGUUGUUGAUGUCUGGGAACAACACAGAUUGUCCAAGUCCAGUCACUGUACUCUAUGUUAUAGUCAGCCAAUGCUAGAAUCUAUAGCUGAGGAUGUUGAUUGUUUAUUUUAACUAUAUGUGAACUUUUCGUAAGAUUUUGAUACUUCUAGAAUUGUGGCACAGAGAUGUUGGUCUCACCUAAAAAAUGAAUACUGUGUAUAUUGCCGUGGCCUGUGUGUAUUUUGGAUUUAUUUGUAUAAUGUUUGAGCCAUGGUGGUCCAUAGUCAUGAGUACAGAAACACAGAGGGCACAAAGCAACUCUCAGCAGUUGCAUUGUUUUGUUUAUCUAUUUUCUUCCUGCAUUUACCACAAUAUUUAGUGUUUACAGGAACAUUUUUUAUAAUAUAAAGUUGAAAAACCAAAAGGACAUUUUUUUUUUAUUUUAAGAAAUCAAAGCUUGUCAAAAAACCCUAAAACCUUUGCUUUGUCUCUCCUUACUUUGGUGUGAUGUCUCUACUCUGUGUACGUGAGUGAAUAUUUGGCACAACUGUGUUUAUGUCUGAAUAUCUGAUUAUCUCUAAUGACUCUACAGUGCUGUUCAAAGAUCUUAGGCAAAACAUUAGGUUUAUGGUUUUAGCAAGGUUUUUAAUUAGCAUACAUAUUUGAUUCUGUCACUUAAUUAAGAUACAAGAAAAUACAGCAAAUAUAAAUAAAUAAAUAAAAAUCUCAACAAAGGGGCUUCUGUAGGCUAAAAUCAGUUCUUACUGUGGCUUCCCUUUGCACUGAACACAUCUUAAACUGCCUUUGGUCAAGUGUCACAGAGUUUAUUCAAGUAAUCUUGUGGUAUAAUAUGGAAAGUGUCUGUCAGCGCUUCUCUAGUGGUUUCUUGGCUGCUGGUCUUCCACAGAAGUCACUCCUGAUCUAACCUUUCCAUGUAGAGCGUAGAAAGGUCUCAGCAUCCAGAUGAAGCUGUCAGAUGCUCAACAAAUCCUUUUUCUAAACUUCUACUGGUCUCUCAGAGAAGUAACUCUAAGAAACUUCUGACCAGUUUUCUUAGCCAACUUGUACUUUUGUGUAUUUCUCCAGAUGCUUCACAUUUUAACAGCUGGAAUACCAAACCUUUCAUAUCCAGUUUGUUUGCUGAUUAGCCUUUCAAAGUGUCCUUGCUGAUUUAAAAAAAAAAAAAAAAAAAAAAAAAGAUUAUAUUCCAGUCAAAUUGUGUAAUUUUUGGCAUUUUAAAUGGAAUGAUUGAGACUUUAAAUAUUAGCAACCAUACAAUUAGUUAAACUCUUAAGAUAUGUAAAGCUCAACAUUAAAAAACAUGGAUUUAGACCCAACUUAGAAUCAUACAACCAUAACCAACCAAUCAGAAACUUUUGACAUGUUCUGAGUGAAAAUUGGUGCAGUGAAUCUUAUAUUUUCUGUCCAAAGUAGUUCAAGCAGACGUGUUAAAUGCAAAUGGCAGUCACAGUAAAUACUGACUUUAGCCUGUUACGUGUUUUAUUCUGAAAUGUUUGUCUUAUUUGCAUAAAGAUACAACCAGAUAAUACAGCAAAGAGUGAAAGAUGCAUGUGUAUGCUUCACUAUAACAUUGCUAGAACACAAAAACUGAUGGUGGCCUUAAGAAUUUAGCACAAUACUGUAUUUGGGGAUUUGCACACUAUCUUUUUCAUGUACAAAUACAAUAAAAGUGAGUAAGAACUACUGUCAA